AUGGGACGUACCAUAGUAGUCACUUGCGGGGCAACGGUACCAUUUCCAAAGCUCGUGGAAGCGGUCUUAGCCCUGGAGUUUCUGCGCACAAUCCAACAACGCUGGCAAUUCGACAGGUUGGUCGUUCAAUACGGCAAAGAGUAUCGUGCAGUUUUCGAAAGCCAGCUGGAACGUCUGGAUGCCACGGCUAGCACAAAACGCGAUAAGAUAUCCAAGGCCUUGGGAAUCGAGCUGGAGGCCUACGGAGAGGUCGCAAACGUAGAGAUCUGCGGAUUCUCAUUUGCUACGAACAUCCAGAAACUGCUUCGGACUCACGCGGACCUAAUUGUGUCGCACGCGGGCACCGGGUCCAUCCUGGAUGCUCUGAGACUGCAAAAACCGCUCGUCGUGGUCGCCAAUACGGGGCUCAUGGACAACCACCAAUUGCAGAUCGCAGCCCGGUUCGAGUCACGUGGCCACCUGGUAGCGUCUCGCGGGCCCACGACGUGUGAGGUGCUAGCGGCCGUGGCAGCUGUUGAAACGUGCUGUCUCACACCACUGGAUAGUGGGAAGAGUGCGCAGUUUUCGAAUUUGUUGGCAAACGUGGCCUACUCGUAG